AAAGUAUAAGUUCAAAAUCAUUCUUAGUACAAUUUUACAUAUUGUUUUAUUCGCUUCACUUACAAACACGUUUAUUUUUUUGUUUUGUAAUAUUUUAAACUAAAUCCAUAGUUUUAUUUAUCGUCCUUACACUUGCAAUUGACAAUGGGAAGAUUUUCAGACCAAGUUAUUAAGCAACUAGGUGAAUCACAAGAUGUCCCCGCUUGGUAUCGUCUGUUAUCUAAUAGUCAAAUCGAUGGACUUCUUAAUUUGAGAAAUGCCAUACGCGACGAUCGAGCCCAAAACAGUACGUUCAGGGUCCGGGGAUGUCUCACAGCUUUGGGCCUAGAGCCGAUGGUUGAUAAAAAGAGUCUAAAGAAAUUGAUAACAUGUUGCCAAGGCAGCGAUUUGGCAUUACUUUAUUUUCUUCUCAUUGGCUACUAUAAGCGGCAACAUAAGACGAAUGUCUAUAACUAUAAUGAACAGGUUCUGAUGUCUUGCAUUAUGGAAUUGGAUCUGGAGAUGACGUUAAAUGCAUUGGAUCAGAUACUACCUACAGGGCACUCAAAUCCGAAAGAUCUGGGUCAUUUGUGCAAGAACUAUGAGCGAAGUGAACGACUAGAAAAGAGGUGUAAUCAGAAGAGGAAAAAUACAUUGCCAUAUUUAAGGCGGCAGCCAAGGCCAAAGCCGUACGGCAAGCCUUUGACAAGCACACCUCCUGAUGUGGUAGUAAGUUUUCCUUUCUGGCCGGUAGGAAAGAAAGCUGUCUACAGACUGGAUAAGAAUCGUUGGUUUGCUUCAUAUAAAUUGCAACCAAUUAGGCGUCUUGCACAUAGUUUGAUCUCGCAAAUAAUUGAUAAUUAUUGUUCAAAGUGUUCUCGAAGGGAAGAAGUAACUAAAGAGACGAAACUUUGUGAUACUCAUCGCGCGGCUUUGGAGCAGAAACAAAUUGAUAAGGAUGAGCUUAUAGUGAAAUCCUUUUAUCAUUGGCUAGAACUAUUCGAUGUUGAUGCCAGAGAAAAUCGAAAGCGAAGAGAAAGAAUCGUUACCCAAUUAGAUACAGAUAUUGAGAACUAUACGCGUCGCUUGCAAAAACUCGAUCGAAUCCAAUACACCAAAGUGGGUCUUUUGGAGGAUUGUUCAUUUUGCAAACAUGACUCUGUGAUAACUCCAGUUCAGGAUGCCAAAAUCAAGUCUAUCUACGAUGUAGACGAUGUAGCAAGAUUUAAGCAAGCGACUAACUCAGCCGUCUACAAAAUCACUGGGAUAAAUCGCAUGGAAAUAGUUCCUGACUCGGAAAAGGAUCAACCAGCAGAGGAAGAGACAGUUUAUGAAGGUGGGAAAGAAAGUAAUGAGAUGCCAUCGUGUCCUUCAACUAAAUUGUUAAGAGUAGCUCUUAUCAAAGGAUCAAAAUCAAAACAGUCAAGGAAACCAAACUUUUUUACAGCAGCCCAACCCCAUAAACCUCAUACAUUCAAUUAUCAGAGAACUUUUCAACCAUUGCCGGGGCACCCAAUGGAGACAAUUCAGGUGAUACAUCAAGAGGCAAUACGUACUCUCGUGGAUCAGAAGCAGAAUUCCUCUUCAGACAGUUGCUUUGAGGAUUGUGAGCCUUCUUCUUAUAGUCAGCUUCAAUUAAAUCGUGAUGAUGUCAUCAAGGCAAUUGUCAAGUGCGCCGAAUCAAUGUGGACGAAUUCUAUGACCAUCUAUAACCAAAAUCAGAAAUCUAAAGGAGAAGAUGAGCAUACUCGCAACUGCCUUAAAUACAAUCAGACAUACUUUAAUCCUGAUGAUAGUCAGCUUAUGGAACGCAUGCUAUGUGAUGGCAUAAAUAUGUUACGUUGCGAUCCCAAUUUCAUUCUGCCCACCUUCCCCGAUGUCCACAAGACCAUUGUGCUGCGAGAGUGGAUAAAGCGACGCUAUGGCAAGACUUAUAGGCACCAUGAAAUCGUUGCGAAACAAAAGAGUUCCUACAAAAUAUUUCAAUCCAUCGCAUUACUACAUAAUCGUUUGCCACCAUCAUUCAAUAUCAAACCGUUUGCAGAUUGUAAUCUAACCUAUAAAGAUCGAAACAGAAUGUGCAAAAUGGCCAACAAAAUGAAGGCUCAAUAUUAUCGUGGCCUCAAUGGCAAGCUCAUGCAGUACACAGCCCUUAGCUGGAGUGCCAUGGGUGCAGAAUUUCGCAAGGGUGAUAAUCUCAAGGAUGUAUUCUAUUCAUAUCUACCUGCACGAAAUAUUGAGAUAACCCGUGUUAAACCUUGGCAAUUCGACUUGAAGAAAAAUAAUCGUAGUGGCAAAUAACGAAGAUUUUUAGAAAUUUUUAGUUUCUUUAUAAUAUUUCAAGACAAUUUUUACAACAAGAAACACAAAGCACGUAAUAAAUUGGUUAAUGUAUUUGAAAGGAAAAUAAAAGAAAAACUGUA